AUGUCAACAACAUCAAUAAAAACUUAUUCAACAAUAAAUGUAAAAGAAAAUGUGAAAAUCAAUACAAAAAUCUAUGAAUUCAAUGAACUAAAUAAUAAAAAUGAAAUGAAAUUAAUUCUUUUGAAUUUAAGUGGAUUUGAAAGAAAUUAUUUUGAAAUUAAAAAUCAAAAUCUUUAUACAAUCAAUGAAAUUGAUCGUGAAGACUUUUUAAAUUCAAAGAAAUGUUUUGAUCGAUCAUAUUGUUUGAUUGAACUUCAUAUUCUUGUUAAUGAUGGUCAACAAUAUUGGGUUAUACCAAUCCAUAUUGUCGAUGAAAAUGAUAAUAAACCACAAUUUCGAAAUUCGUUAAUUGAAUUAAAAUUUAAUGAAAAUAUUCCGAAUGGUUAUCAAAUCCCCUUUGAAGGUGCAUUAGAUAUUGAUGAAGGUUUAAAUGGACAAAUUUAUUAUAAACUCGAAUGUUUAUCAUUAGUAAAUAGACGAGAAAAUUGUUUUCCAUUAUUUGAAUUAAAAAUUCUUUCCCAAUCAAGAUUAUUAAAUCAAUAUGAUCAAUUAGCAAUAAAAUUUAAUUCAACAUCAUUAAUAUUGGAAAAUGAAGAUUUAAAAUCUGAAUAUAAAUUAAUAUUAAAUGCAUUUGAUUCUGGUAGGGAUAUACAAUUAAAUAAUUCAAUGAGAAUAAAUAUUAAAAUUGAUAAAAAACAAAUUGAUAAACCAAAAUUUACCAAAUUAAAAUACGAAUUUCUAAUAAAAACUUCUUCAUUAUCAUUAGAAAAGGGACAAAAAUUAGGAAUAAUAAACGCUAAAUCAAAUGAUAAAAAUCAAUUAAUAUUUUAUAAAAUUCUAAAUCAAACAAAUGAUAUCGAAAUCAAUUCUUUAACAGGUGAAUUAAUUUUAUUAAAUGAAAAUAUUUUAUUAAAUAAUAUAAAUGAAAUAAAUUUACUUGUUGAAUCAUUUUAUCAAUUAGAAAAGUAUUCUCAUUUAAAAUCUUUAACAAAUGUUGAAAUUUACUUUCGUUUAAUAAAUCAAAUCAAUAAUAUCUCAUUAAAUUAUUUUAAUCAAUCAAAAUCUUUAUCAAUUAUUUCCAAAUCACAAAAUAUAUUUUCUAUCGAAAAAAAUUCUUUAUUCAAUAAACAAAUUUUAUUUCAUAUAUCAAUUGAAAAUUCAUUUUAUUUAUCUGAUAAAUAUAUUCUUUAUUUACAAAAUUAUCAAACAAUAUUUUCAUUAGAAUUUAUUUCAUUAAAUCAUUUUACUUUAAUUAUUCACAACUCAUCUUUAGAAGAAUUGAAUUAUUUAUUAAAUAUUAAAAUUAAAUAUGAAUUAACAGAUGAUUUCUUACCGGAUUUAGUCAUUCAAUUAGUUUUUAUUAAUCCAUCCUUGUCUUCAAUUGGUUUUAAUCAAUCGUUGAAUAUUUGUGAAGAAAAUUUUAUUUAUUUUCUUCAUUCAAAUAAUUCAACAAGAAAAUUAAAAGUUUUUCAAACAAAUUUAAAUGUUUCGAAUUUUUCAAAUUUUAUUUAUUCAUCAGCAAAUCAAAGUCAAUUUAUAAUUAUAAAUCAAUGUCAAAUGAUAUCUGUUGAUGAUAAUGAAAAUGAUUUUUAUGCAGAUAAUUUAAUUGAUUAUGAAUUAUGUUCAUUAAUAAAUAAUAUUUGUUAUAAUAUAACAAUGAAUAAAAAUUUUUUAUUGAGAAAAAAUUCACUUAUAAAUCUUUUUUUAACAUUAAGACCAAUUGAAAUAAUGAUAUUUAUAUUUUCAUUCAUAUUUAUUAUUGGAACAAUAAUAUUAUUUAUCAUUAUUUGUCGAUUGAAAGGAAUUAAUUUGUGUUUAAAGAUAAAAAAUUAUUUAUUUUAUGGAAAAAAAUAUGGUUUAAGAAAUGCUCAACGUCUCUCAACUACAAAAAUGACUCAAAGAAUACAUUCAAUUGUUAUUCGAGAAUCUCAAUCACCUUCAAUUCAAUCAAUAAAACGUAAACCAUAUGUAUAUAAUAUAGAUGGAUUAAUUGAACAAGAAGUAAUUCCAUCUAUGAAUAUAUCACCUAAUAUACCAAUGUCGUUAUCAUGUACAUCAUCAAUUGAACGAAAUGAAAGAAUAGAAUCAAAUAUUGAAAAUGAAAGAACAUGUCGAACAUUGAUGUCAUCAUAUGGACAAGAGACAAAACAAUUAUUAGAAAUGAUGUCAUCAAAUCAUGAUUUGAAUACAUCAAGAUUAGCUUCUGAAGUCUAA